GGAUGCUCCGAGACGCCGGCGAGUCUUGGGCGCCACGCGGCCGAGCCCAGGAAAUGGAUCCGGUUCUGGGGUUACUAAGGGAGCUGUCCAGCCCCGCAGGGUAAGCUAGAAGAAAGGGAGGGCCAACGCCAACCGGGCGGAGGGAGCGGCGGGCGCCAGGACCGGGUGGGGCAGCGACUCCCCCUCCAGCCCGCCAGCCCCGGGCGUCGCCCCCGCCCCCCACGUGGCCGCAGCCGUCCCAGCCCCUGCGAGGAAGCGGCGCGGCUUCCUGCGGCCCCGGCUGGGGAUAUAGGCGCCCCCGCCCGGACCCGGCUCCGUGCCGCCGCCCCUCUUCGCCUGCUCGCCGCGCGAUGGCCUCGCUCCGGGCGGAGCGCACCCCCGGCGGCCCGCGGCUCCCUUCGACCCGCGCCGGGCGACCGGCAGUGCUCCGCCUCCUCCUCCUGCUGGGCGCUGUCCUGAAGCCCCAGGAGUCCCUGGCUCAGCUUCUUCUCACCCCAGGCAGCUUGGAGUCAGAAGGGAAAACGGUGGAGAACUAUGAGACAAAUGUCCAACUUUGCUGGCAGGAAUAUAAGGUUUAUAUGGACUCUAUCCAAAAAGAUUGGUGUGACUGGGCCAUGAUUAGCAGGCCUUAUAGCAUCCUGCAAUAUUGCUUGGAACAGACUGCAGAAGGUUUUGGCCUGGGCUUCCCCAAUCCCUGGGCAGAACGGAUCAUCUUUGAGACUCAUCAAAUCCACUUUGCCAACUGCUCCCUAGUGCAGCCCACCUUUUCAGACCCCCCAGAGGAUGUGCUCCUGGCCAUGAUUAUAGCCCCCAUCUGCCUCAUUCCCUUCCUUGUUACCCUUGUGGUGUGGAGGAGUAAAGACAGUGAAGCCCAGGCCUAGGGUGGCAUGAGCUUCUCAGCAGCCAUCUUACUCCUUUCCCACCACCACCAGCUCUCACUCCUCCCCUCCCUACCUCUUUCUCCACUUCCACCCCCACCACAGAUCCCUGGAUUAGUGGAAAUGGAAACUGGGUGGGAUCAUGGGACAAAUUCUGUAAUCUUCAAAAUAAAACUUUUUUUUGUAUACUGUC